UGACUGGGACCAUCCUGUCUCUGCUGGCUCAACUCGGUAGCUACUCACCACGCUUUCUGCUGAUGGGUCUUCUGUAGGUCUUUUGACAGCAUCAGAUGAUGAGAGCAGAGAGGCCCUUCACAGCCGUUACAGCGUUGUGGGUGUGCUAGCCGCUGUCAUCCAUGGCAACAGAGGCUCCGCAGAAGAGCCAGUAGUGCUGCAGGUAAAGGUUGAGUGCUCAUGUGUGUGUUCCAAACAGCGUGCGCUCAAUUCAGCAAAACUUGCAACCCAUGAAAAACUUUAUCAUCAAGGGACACCCCAAAUAUUCCAGCUCUGUUGUAGUGUAACAGGAGAUAUUUCUGUUUUCAUUAUUUGCAUUUGUAUUCAAAUUUAUAUGGCGUGGUAUGACCUCUCCCUAAUAUGUAAGUAUUAUACAUUGGUGUCCAAAAAUCCGAUUGCUCUACUCAGAGUUUUUGUAUUCUAGUUAUGGGAAACCAAAAAGUGUUUUGCUAAGGUGUAUUUCUCUAGCAAGAUAUCAAAAUUUGACUCUUUAAAAAACAAAAAGAUUUACUGAAAAUUUAAAGUCUUAUUUGAUAUUUUCUUCAUUUGUUCUAGGCAUAGCUUGAUCUCUGUCUGGUAUCACUUUAAGAAUCCACACUAUUUCAACCACUCUGAGCUACCAUUUGAAAGUAAUAUUUGGUAUUGCAGUUCUUAAAAAUGAAGUAGUGAUGAAUUAAAAAACAUUUUUUUAACUUCAUCUUUCAAGUUCAUUUCUCAGACAGAUUUUUAAAAGUUGCUCUCAGUUUUAUUUAAUGCAUUCUUGAAUAGUAAUUAUUAACAGGAUAGAUUUUUGAUGAGUGUUAAAUAAUGAAAUAAUAGUAAUAAGAGUUGUUUUUUUCACUCUGGGUGCAGUCUGUCUGUUGUGGUUUUGCACGGUUAGGUGUUUGAGAACAGUAUGGGGUUAGCUUUAAGCUCUCUCACAUAUUUAAAUGAAUAUCUCACCAAGACUCUGUCUUGAAUGGGAAUGCUCUGUGUCGGUGGUCUUUUUUCCCCCUCCAGUGUCUUCAGGUCCUACAGCGACUUACAUACAACGUGAGGAUACUUCCAUAUGUCUCCCACAUAGAUGAGCUCCUCAAUUUCCUCACGCUUAAUAUGUAAGGCUGUUUUCUCUGAUAUGCUCGUUACUUGAUAUUGGGCUUAUUUCUACAUAUAUCCAUGAUUGCAUGUUUUAGUAGUGGCACCAGAGAAGCACUGCAGGUGAACUUUACCAGACGAGCUCCUUAUUAAAGGCAGAUGAUGUUGCAAGCGAGUGUAUGUUUGCUUGCUCAGCCUUUCCUGUUCACUCUGUCCUUGUGGUCUUCUUAAACAAACCGCACUCACAUUGAGCAUGAGUGUGAGAUACGCAGGGGCCUAUUUGCAAAACUGUAGGGAACCAGUGACAUGAAAGGAUGUGCAAGUUGUACGUGCGCACGGCAUCUUUUAAAAGGUGGUAUGGGGAUUGAACCGGAGAGCUGGUGUCUGACUUUGUGCUUCCAGCCAGUUGAAGAAUGAUGACAUCUCCAAGGCCUGCUUGGGUUUGAUGGCCAACCUGUGCCGCCACAACCAGUCUGUGCAGGCUCAGGUGAAGUGUCAGAGCAAUGUUAAGGCCUUCUACAGGGCCUUAAUUAAUUUCCUUAGUCACUCAUGUCUGACUGUGGUCAUCUUUGCUCUGUCUAUUCUAUCAAGUUUAACCCUCAGUGAGGAAGUGGGUCAAAAGCUGUUCAAUGCUAAGAACAUCCACCAGACCUUCCAGCUAAUUUUCAACAUAACGGUCAAUGGUGAUGGCACCCUGACGAGAAAUUACGCUGUUGACCUGCUGGUGGAUCUUCUCGAAAAUCCCAAGAUUGCAGAUUACCUCACCAAAUAUAAACACCUCCCGGUCUGCCUGAGUGAGGUAGUCGGCCUCCUUUAUGGGAAAGACCCCGAUACAGCAGCUAAGGUCCUGGAGCUGCUUAUGUCUUUAUGCUCGGUUCCGGCCCUGCGUGGCCUCAUCUGUGAGACGGUGCUCCGGCCCCCGGCCCCUCGCCUGCAGCCCGGGGCCCGGUGUAGGGCCCCGGAGCCAUGCCUGGCCCUGCUGCGCUGGGCUACAGGGCCUCUGCAGGGGCCGGAGGUUUGCAGCCUGCUGGCACUCUCUCUGCUUGCUGAGCUGUUCGAGGAGGCGAUUGAUUCGCCACUGUCUGUGUCCGCGUGCUCCUUCGCUGAGCUCCUGCUCCCGGAACUGUGGGUCUUGCUCCAGCCUCCGGACCCCAGCGGGGGAGAAUCCCUGCUGAAGAGGCACUGUGUGCGGGCGGGCCGGGCAUUGGACCUGCUGCUCCUCCUAUGUGGAGACGAUGUCCUAAAGACACUCGUGUCGCAGCACGUCUGCGCAGACCUGUGCACGGCGCAGGUGGAACUGUUGCUCUCUCACAGUCAGGACCGCUUCAGCUUGACGUGCUCCAGCUCCACCUCCCAGCUCAGCCAGAUGUGCUCUGAGACGGUCCUCAAGACCCUGGAGCUUAUGAGUCGGCUAAAGGAUCACGUGGAUGACAUGGAGGCCGUCUUUUACCGCAUCUUACAGGACCAGCGCAUGAUCACGCCCCUCUCCCUUGCCCUGACCUCCACCCACAGAGAGUGUGUGCUGGUCGCCCUGCGUGUGCUCUUCAAGGCCGCACCACUGCCUGAUUUUCCCACUGUCAUUCUGGGUGAAAGCAUCGCUGCUGAGAACGCGUACCAACAGCAGGAAGCCAAGCUGGUGGCGCAGGGAGGUGGCAUGCUGGAGACCAGAGUCCCUGCUGGGAAGAGCUUUGUCCUAUCCAGCCCCAACAGCCCAACUCACCACAACAUCGACAGCCUCAUUGAAAAGCUCCGGAACGGCAUGGAGUUCCAGGAGCAAAUAAAAGACGUGCACAUGUCCGAGAUCAUUGAUGUCUACGAGCAGAAGCUCUCGGCCCUGGCAUCUAAGGAGGGCCAUCUGCAGGAUCUGUUGGAGGCCAAAACCCUGGCCUUGUCUCAGGCUGACCGACUCAUCGCCCAGUACCGCAGCCAGAGAGCACAGGCUGAAGCUGAGGCCCGUAAGCUGGCGUCUCUGCUGAAGGACACGGAGCAGAGGAAGGAGGAGCUGCAGGCAGAGCAGGGGGACCUGCUGGUGGAGAUGGAGCGUCUGAAGACCGACAGCCAGGAGCUGCUGCGGCACAACAGCCGCCUGCAGGCCGUCUCCGACGAGCACCAAGGCCUGAAGGGGAACUACAACCAGCUGCUGUGCAGAUACAACAAGAAUGAGGGAAUGCUGAAGGAACUCCAGGCUGCCCAAAUCACCCUCACCCAGCAGGCUGAGGGCUUGAAGAGGAGCAUCGAAACCCACAGGCUACAGCGGGAGAGACUCUGCGCAGAGGUUGAGCAGAAAGAACAGCGUGUCACCGCCCUGGAGGCCACUGUGCAGGAGAAACAUGCCAUAAUAGCUGGUCUGCAGCUGGAGGUGGAGAGGCAGGUUGAGCAGGCCACAGAGAUGGAGGAGAGUGUCAGCAUCCUGAGGAGAGAGCUCUCCAAGACGGAGCAAGCCAGGAAGGAGGCCAUCAUCAAGGUGGGCAGUGUGUAUCCUCUUUGUUCCAAGAAACAGCCCCACAUCCAGAAUCUUUGGCACCACCUAUUCUCUGUUUCUGUGUUCAUCCCACAUGUAUGGGAUUUCCUCUCUAAGAAACUGAAUCGCCUUCAUAUGGCAAUGCUUUCCUGGAUUUCCUGGAUUUAUUUAUUUGUCAUGCCAACCUCCACACACCCGACCAGGAACAUGACAGACGUACCUGCUUAUGCGUGUGAACCAUCCAGUAGAGGGAUGGCGGACAGGUGCUUGGGUGUAGUGUGGUCAGUUGAGGGAUGGGUGGUCAGGUGGGGGGGAUGACUGGGUUGUGUGUGG